AUGCGCCCGUACGCAAGCCUACUACAUCGUCUGGCCCUCAUCCAACCAAGAAUCCUUCCCCUCCCCUUUCUCAAUCGAGCCAUGUCCACCACGACCAUCACCACAGGCGACCGUUCGUACGGCUCUGCGAUCUCGCUCUUGAAUACGCUCCAAUCGAACGCUUCGGUGAUUGAGAACAUCCGCAAGACGGGAGGUAAGAAUGGCGAGGCGCAGAUGGGGGAAACAAUCGAGUAUUUGGGGAGGUUGGGGUACAAGGUUCGUUUUUUUGGGAGACUUUUUUGGUGGUGAAGAGGGAAGGAUGGACGAGAAAGCUGAUCUACUCUCCCAACGUGGUCUCAAUCGGACCUCAGCCGUCCGACCUCAACGCGCUCAACGCGAUCCACAUCACCGGAACCAAAGGCAAAGGAUCCACUUCCGCCUUUGUCGAUUCCCUCCUGCGUCACAUCGAACCCUCCGCAAAGACGGGGUUGUACACCUCGCCUCAUAUGGUCGCCGUGAGGGAGAGGAUUAGGUUGAACGGAAAACCCUUGGAUGAGGAGACGUUCGCGAGGUAUUUCUUUGAAGUUUGGGAUAGAUUGGAGAAGAAUCCAGAGGUGAGUGGUGUGGUGGUGCGGGAGUGGGAGUGGGAGGGGGUGUUAUAAGAGAGCUGAUGUUGGAGUUGUUUGAGAGCAGAGGAAUGAUCGUGAAACGACGCCGGAGAAACCGGCUUACUUCCGUUAUCUUACCUUGAUGGCCUUUCACGUCUUUUUACGAGAAAAGGUCCGAUAUCCACUCCCCGACGGUUUCCCCUGCACUAGUUGCUAAACACCGAUCUUCUUGGCCUUUUGCCCUCUUCGCCCCCAGGUUGACGCGACGAUCCUCGAAGUCGGCGUCGGAGGCACCUACGAUUCGACCAAUGUCGUGCCUCAACCUAUCGUCACGGGUGUCACAUCCUUGGGGAUCGAUCAUGUCUUUGUACUCGGAAAGACGAUCCCGGAGAUCGCGACGCAGAAGGGCGGGAUUUACAAGGUAAAGUUUCUUUGCGGCGAAACACUUCGGAGAAAAUUGAGAACCCUCCCCGGGGAGAGAAUGUGACCGCGAACGCUGACCGAGUUCUUGGAUCAUUUUUUUAAUUAUUGCAAUAGCCCGGAGUACCGGCCUUGGCCGUCCAACAACCCGCGGAAGGGCUCGACGUGUUGGCUUCGAGAGCGAAGGAGCUCGGCGCCUCGUCGUUUACGGUCGUUCCGGAAAUUGAAGAGCUCAAGACAAUAAAGCUGGGUGAGUGGCGUCUGGUCAUGCAGAGACGACCACGAGGUACUCAAACACCACGGCUCCUCAUUGAUCAGGUCUCGCUGGAGCCCAUCAACGCAUCAACGCCUCGCUUGCCGUCGGGCUCGUUCGCUCAUUCCUCGCUUCCCCUCGACUCCCACCCGCUUACUCUUCGUCCGCUCUGGACACAUCGACCUCCACGUCUCUCCCCACUAGUUUGAUCGCGCCCAAGCCUUUACCGUCUCGGAUCGUCAAGGGCCUGGAAGCCACUCGCUGGCCAGGGCGAUGUCAAAUCGAACGAGAUACGCAAUCCAUGUCGGUGAGGUGGUACCUCGACGGUGCGCACACGGUCGAAAGUCUACAAUGUUGUGGCGAAUGGUUCGGUCAAGUCGGUCUUGGUUCGUCACCGGAUCAUCAGCGCGUGCUCGUAUUCAAUUGUACUUCCGGUCGAUCCGGUCUUUCCCUCCUCGGGACUUUGGUCCGAUCGCUGGCCAAAUUCAGCCAGGCCGUCCCACCGUUUCACCAUGUCGUGUUUUGCACCAAUACGACGUUCUCUUCGGGUUCUUCGGCGGGGGAUUUGACCUCCAACGCGGUCGAUCAGGAGGAAUUGGAGAAGCUGAGCGUGCAACAUGAGUUGAAGGACGCGUGGAAAGAAUUGACGCGCUUACCCGAGGGGAAGGAGGUGGACGCGCAGGUGGCGCAGGUGCAGGUGUUGGGAUCGAUCGAGGAUGCGGUGAGGAUGAUUAGAGGUUUGGCUGGGAAGGGUGAGGGUGAAGGUGAGGGUGAGGGUGAGGGUGAGGGUGAGGGGAAGGUGGAGGUGGAGGUGGAGGUGGAGGUGGAUGUGCUGGUGACGGGGAGUUUGCAUUUGGUCGGUGGGGUGAUGGCCGUGGCCGAGUUGCCGCUGUAG